UUUGGUAGAAAUUUCCUAAAACGCCAUCAUCAUGCGACGGAUAGGCACGUGACCUUGAAACGGCAACACCGCACCUCUGCGCCGGGACAGCCACACCGCUGCACAAUCCAUCCCACUGUAUACCGGCCCUUCCUGUAGGAUUUCCUCAGAGCCAAAAAUACAAUCCCUCCCUUGAUAUCCCCAUUCAAGCCAUGGCGUGCAGCAACAGCAAAAAAACAAGCCGCAAGCAACGAGUAGUAAACCCAGCCCGAGCGCGUCACGGGGCUAAAUCCAACGGUCGGGAUCGCGCCAGCACCCUAGCCCCGCCAGUCGUGGGGUCCAAAAAGAGUUAUCCUAUCUCUCCCACCCCCUGUCCACAAGAAGAAGAAGAGAGCAGAGCUCAGCGGGCAACGCACAGACAAACCCAGUUUCCAGCCCCCCAUCCCCGCCCACACAACAACCUUUUUUCCCCACCCCUUGCUCCAUCGCACGCGACGCCGCGAAAUUUACCCAGAUAGGCUUGAUGCUGCG